AUGCGCUACAGAAACUGGGAUGUCCUUCUUUUCCCUGGGGCUUCGAAGGCCCCCAUCCAAGAGUUCAAGACACAAUGUUUUGUGACCAAGGACAAAGACUCGCCCUAUCUACAGAAUGCUGUCUUCCUUGGCCCUCAUGCACACCAUCCCGAGCCAGGUGUUUUUAACCAGCUGCCAGUCCUCACAACAUUCAUCCCAAGUCUACCCAAAGACAGUCCGUUCCAAGUCUCAGUUCACAGUUGGGAGAAGCCACGUCCCAGUGUCCAGAUUGAGUCCAAUAUGGAACCAGAGGACGUUUUGCUGUUCGAGGCACGGGUCUUCGUUGAUGGGGUCUUUGUUGCGGGUAGUAUCUAUCCACAGAGAACUAGUUGGCCACAGGUUAUGGAUCUGGGCUCUAAUCUUGAUCGAGAUGGAAACCAAGAUGUCCUUCGAUUUCCUCCCUUCCAUCCUGAGAUACUACAACAGAAGCAUUGGGAUGCCGGGGAUUCUCAAGGUCGAAUCAAGGUUAUCAUCGCAGAAGGUUUCUCUCGCCCCAACCGCUCACCCCCGUUCGAACGAUACAAGCAUGUCAUUGCUUUCUCUUUCCAGCAUGCACCACUAGAUGUGCUGGAAUUCUCUGACAUUGCUUGGCCCAAUCCCAACAUGUGGCUUGCUAUGCCGAACGCAUCCCGGUAUGGAUCGGCGGCCAGAUAUAGUACCCCCAGGGCAGUUGGCGAUGGCGCACAUGGGCAUUCGCCAAGCAAACCUAGCAGAUCCGAUCAUCGAAGUACGAUUACGGCCAACACGAGCAGCCAAUCUAGCAGCAAUGCAGCUACUUACAGCGGUAGUACCGCAUCAACUUACAAUGCCUGGACCCCUCACCGUGGGUUUCCCAUUCCUUCCACACAAUGGAACGGCUAUCCACAAGAACCUCGAUGGGAGCCACAGGAAACAUACAUCGUGGAACCUGUCAUAGACGCCUUCGUUGAUGAUACAGCUUGGCGACAGCGUGGUGCUCGAUCCUCUCGCGAGGACAUCCCAAUGCCAGACUAUACUUCCACGGGAUCGAACAGCAGCCGGGCCAUCUCCAGCAUGACUGGGAUGAGCUACGAACACAGCAAGCAGCCCAGCAUCAAUUCAUGUCUUGACGAUGAGCAAUACAAUGAGCUGAUUGAAGCUCUGACACCAACGAAGGCUCCUCCAAUGGGUACGCGCGCACCAUCUAAUACUCCAUCCGCUGUCGCCGCCGCGACAUCUGCCUCAAAGCCUUCUGCUGCAGCCGAAGCUCGAUCUGCAAGCUACAAGACCCGAAGCCGCCGUGCAUCCGCACUCAGGGAGAUUUCACAGUCAAGCACCCGUGAUGUUUCGGGAUCGAGCGAGCCCAAGAAGAACUUGACUCCAUCCAAGAUCGGGGCGUGUCCAAGCGAGAAGGUCCGGAGCAAAAAGGAGACCCAGAAAGAGGCCAGCCAGGAGACCCCUAAAGCGCAGUCUAAGGGUAAGUGUAAGGGGAUUGCGAACGAAAACAGCAACUCCAGGGAUGUCGAGAAUCUACAGGACGAGAAUGAGUCGGUUUUGUAG